AUGAUGGCAUGUCGAAAGGUUUAUUUUGUCGUACAGCUAAUCGGACUUAUCCUACAUGAACUGAAGGCAGAAGAAACUACAGAGGCCCCGAUUACCUGGCCGGAUGAUAUUGACGAUGGCACCUCGGAAUCUGAGUUAACCUGGCCCAAUGAGCUUCCAGUAACGGAAACUAAUGCCAUGACUUAUCGCACCGCUCGAACCUUGGAUCCUAUGGAUGCUUUGAGAGACGAUGAGGAGUUCAUGGAAAAACCGCAUAGAAAGCGUUUUAACGAAUUCGAUAGCCAUGAGAAUAAAUAUCGCAUCUCUAAUCCAAUAGGUGAAGAAAUUGCCCUCAAGCGGAAGCCGCUCCCUGAGGAGCAGUAUAUCAAGCAGCCCUUCUUAUUCGGCUGCUGUCACAACUCCACAAAUGUGAGAUGCGCCGGCGUUUGUCCGGAGACGUGUGAGUACCGCUCCAAGUACUGCGUACCGCUUUGCGGACCGCCCUGCCGCUGUAAGCGCGGAUAUGUCUACAAUAUUCCGCAAAGAGGCUGCACCCUGCGAUCCGACUGUCCCAAGGGGAUCGUUCAGAGUAAGAACGGGAUAUACAGGGUAUUUUUGUGAGAGGUGUCGAAUGUGUGAUAGGGUGAUUUGGGUUAGUGUGGUGGAGUGAUAUAUGCUGUGGGUGUGCUGUGGUGUCGUGCCAAUUUCGUUUGUUCCAAUAAACCAAGAAAGCCGAA